CGUGCGUGCCUUUUCCCAUUGGGUCGUUGUUUUGAAAUUUCGUAUUCUUCGCCAAUUGCAAUUAGGCUUCAGCCGCCAUAGUGGCCGCUUGUACUUUCAUAGAUUGCAUUGUCAACAUCACUUUUGCCAAAUUGCUAUUGUAUCGUUCAAUAAUUUGGAAAAUGGGAAAAUGCCAAGAAACAACUCAAUCCCACUGAUCGAUCUUACUUUUCUCUUCUUCCUCAUAAUAAUUUUGUCUGAUGGAUGAAACUCUCAUUCCUCCUUCUUCGUCGUUUCCAAACACCAAUCAAUACCUUGAUAUCAUUUGCUCUAUUAACCUCUUUUUCCUCCUCCUCCUACUCCUCCUUCUUCUUCCAAAACAUGUUUCAACCUCAUGUCCUUCCUUUAAUCGCCUUCGUCUUCUGGUCAUGGCGGAUUCUUGACGGCGUCGUUUCGGAUCCCCAGAUCAAUUUUUUGACCAGAGGGUGCAACCCAUACAACGAAUACCUAGUGGCUAACGUCUCCCUCUUUGAAGCAAACAUAAACGCAACACUGCGAGACAUCAGAGAGCAGAUCAGUGGCCAAAACAAGCACUUCGCCACCGCACAGCAAGCUGCCAGUGGUGGAAACACCGUCUCUAGUCUUUUUCAAUGCAGAAGCUAUCUCUCCAUGCCCGACUGCAUCGCCUGCUUCGACGUCGCCGCCCCUCAAAUCCUCAGCUGUGCUGCCGGCGAACCGGGUGGCCGUGUUGUCUACGACGGGUGCUACCUCAGGUACGACAUUAGUGUCGCUUUCUUUGGAGCUACAACACAGUCUAUCAAUAGUGCAUCGUGUGGGAAUCAGACUAUAACAGAAGAACCUGCUAUUUCAUUUACCUCAGCUGUUCAACAAAUUCUAAUGAAUCUCCAAACAGCAACUCCCAGAAUCACUGGCUUCUCUGUAGCUACCAAGGCACAAGUUCCUACUAAUGGUCCAACUAUUUAUGCAUUUGCUCAGUGCACAGAAACUAUCACUCAGAGUGAGUGCCAGAACUGCUUGAAUGUUCUGUACAACAAUAUGCAGAGUUGUCUUCCCAAUUCAGAAGGUAGGGCUUUUGCUGAUGGCUGUUUCUUGAGAUAUUCCACAACCUCCUUCUUUGCCGAUAAUCAGACUAUUGAUAUCGCACCCUCCUUCAAGCAAGGUUCAAGCAAUAAUAAGGGAGCCAUUAUAGGAGGUGUUGUUGGAAGCGUAGUAGUUCUUGCUUUGAUCUUUGUUGCAUUGUAUGUCUGGGUGGGACGACUAAAAAGGCCAACUAGGAGGGUUCCUGGAGGAGACGUUAUUGGAGCAACCAAGUUGAAAGGCCCGGCUAUUUAUAAUUAUAACGACCUGAAGACUGCAACCAAGAACUUCAGCGAAGAGAAUAAGCUAGGACAAGGAGGAUUUGGUGUUGUGUAUAAGGGCACUUUGAAGAAUGGAAAAGAAAUUGCAAUCAAGAAAUUAACAUUUCGCCAUUUCACGAGGAUGGAGGAGGAAUUUGAAAAUGAAGUGAAGCUCAUAAGCAACGUUCAUCAUCGGAAUCUUGUUCGACUCCUGGGAUAUUGUAUUUAUGGCAAAACUAGAAUUCUUGUUUAUGAAUACAUGAAAAAUAGCAGUCUUGACAUAUUCUUAUUCGGUAACCUUCUCUCAAUUAACCGAUCUUAUGUACUGUUUUUCGUAAAAUUAGUGGCAUUAUCAACGUAUCAUCAUCUCCUCCAGCUAACGAACUUAUUCACAUGGCAUAAUUUUAUUCGACUGAGUAAAAUGCAAGGCUCACUCAAUUGGAAGCAACGACAUGAUAUAAUUUUAGGCACUGCAAGGGGUCUCGCUUAUUUGCAUGAGGAAUUCUAUGUUUGUAUCAUACAUAGAGAUGUAAAGCCUAAUAACAUUCUCUUGGAUGAGGAUCUUCAACCUAAAAUUGCUGAUUUUGGGUUGGCAAGGCUUCUUCCUGAGGACAAAACUCAUCUUAGCACCAACUUCGCUGGAACAUUAGGAUAUUCAGCACCGGAGUAUGUAAUUCAUGGCCAAUUAUCUGAGAAGGUUGAUGUUUAUAGUUACGGUGUUGCAAUCUUGGAGAUUAUAAGUGGCCAAAAAAAUAAGAAACUAGGAGUUGAUGGUGAUAUUGAAGGCGAAUUCCUCCUCCGAAAAGCUUGGAAGUUAUAUGAAGAAGGUACACAUGCGGAGCUAGUGGACGAUACCUUAGACCCUAAUGAUUAUGAUGUAGAAGAAGUGAAGAAAGUCAUAGAGGUUGGUUUGCUUUGCAUCCAAGCAUCUGCUGAGAUGAGACCAACAAUGUCUGAGAUUGUUGCUUUGCUCCAAACUAAGGACUUGUUAGAGAAUAUGAAACCCACUAUGCCUAUCUUGAUUGAAACAAAUUAGAGACUUCUCUACUUUUCCCAUCUUGAUUGUAAUGGAAUUUAAAGUUAUGGAUGACUUUGGGUUCUGAACACCAGAUAGGAAAAUAGAAGACGAAGGUAAAAAUAGAAUAGAUGAUUGUCUUUUAUUCCAUUCUUUAGCAUUUUUUUGUAAUUAUUAUUCAUCAAUAUAAUCCGAGCAGGUGUACAUGUGAUUUGUCA